CCGGACGUAACUUUAGGGUGCAGACCCGGAGAGCGCCUGCGGGAGCGGGGCAGCCAACCAGCGCCCACAUUUCGGGGCAAAUGACUCCCGUCUGCCGUCGCGCCGCGCUCGGCUACCGUUUCUUCCCAUGUUUGCUCCGCUCAGUGUUCAACGACGCGCGCGGCGGGGCGCCGAGAGCAGAGGCCGCGGGGCCGCCCCGGCCGCUGUCCAGCACUCGCGGCCUGAGUCGGCGCUGCCGCGGCGCCAGGCUCAUUCUCCGUCCGCUUGUCCUUUCUGCUGCUGUCUUUUCUCUGUCCUGCUCUGCCAUGCCCUGCUCUGAAGCGACACCCGCCAUCUCCCCCAGCAAGCGGGCUCGGCCUGCGGAGGAUGCCAUGCGGCUCCGCUUUGUCCGGCUCUCGGAGCACGCCACCGCCCCGACCAAGGGGUCCGCGCGGGCCGCGGGCUACGACCUGUACAGUGCCUAUGAUUAUACAGUACCACCUAUGGAAAAAGCUCUUGUGAAAACGGACAUUCAGAUAGCUCUUCCUUCUGGGUGCUAUGGAAGAAUAGCUCCCCGUUCUGGCUUGGCUGCGAAACACUUCAUAGAUGUAGGAGCUGGCGUCAUAGAUGAAGAUUAUAGAGGAAAUGUGGGUGUCGUACUCUUUAAUUUUGGCAAAGAAAAGUUUGAAGUCAAAAAGGGUGAUCGAAUUGCACAGCUCAUUUGUGAACGGAUUUUUUAUCCAGAAAUAGAGGAAGUUCAGGUUUUGGAUGACACUGAAAGGGGUUCAGGAGGUUUUGGUUCUACUGGGAAGAAUUAAAUUUAUGCCAAGAAUAGAAAAUGAGAAAACAUACUUUUUCUUUAAAAACGAAAAAGAGUCUUUGUUUAAAGUG